AAUCUAUGGUCGGCACUAUGUAGAUGACGUUAACAUUUGACAGCGAGAGUUAAUUUAUUUCUUGAAUAACUUUACAACGAAAGAAUCAACAAGACAUUUUGUUUUAGGUUCAGCCUACCUCUCAUAGUUCAGCCGCAAAAUGUAUGCAAGCUCUAUUAUAAACAUACUCGUGUGGUAAAGUUUUAGAGGAAAAAUAAUAAUUUCAAAGCAAAUCUUUAAGACCAGGUUAUGUAACAAUUUUCAUCUUACACUUUUAAAUUUUAAUUAAAGAAUGACAUCAAGAUACCGAUUUUUCUGGAGGAGGCUUAUGCAUAUGAAGUUUAAUUCCAAGCAAGUAUAUGAAGCAACAAUACAUAAAACUCACCGCAAUAUAUAUUUACCAUGUACUCUUGGGUUCUCACUAUUAACAUUAAUGGGAUUCGAAAAGAAAUUAAACGCCCAAGAUGAGCUCAUUUUAACGAUUAAGCAUUGCAUACUGUUUGUUCAAAGAGGUGAGUUUGAUAAAGCUGAACAGCUCCUACAUGUUGCACUUAAACAAGCGCAGCAAAUUCACCAUCAAGAAGGUAUUACAUACAUUUAUGACGUGAUGGCUAAUUUAGCGCUUGAAAGAGAACAGUACGAUAAGGCGAAACAACUAUUUGUUGCUGUCACUCAGAGAAUUAUGGCAGAUGGGGCUACAGAGGAUGAUCUUCGUGUAGUCCACAUCAGUGUUAAGUUAGCAAGGAUAAGUCACAUGAAGAGAGAGUACACCACAGCACAACUUGGCUAUGAUUGGUGUAUUGAAAAACUCAACAAUGCAUUAAAAUAUGAUCCAUCUGAAGCAAAUACAAAACUACUUGCAAUGGCGGAAGACUGGUAUGGUCGCCUGUUUCUUGAUAGCGACAAAUGUGAAAUAGGUCUUAGUUAUAUGAAACAAGCAUAUGAAAGAAUGAAAAAUUUGGUUGAUAUAGAGCAAGAACAUUUAGUUAUACAGCUAAAUGAUCUGGGUACUGUUUGUGACCGUUUAGGCAAUGUAGAUGAAAGUAUUGAAUAUUAUUCAAAAGCAAUUGAUAUAGGCAAAAAUUUUCCUGAUAUGCACGAUUUAGGUGCAAUGUAUGUUAACCUAGGGAGAGCUUAUAUAAAGAAAAACAUGUUGGACAUAGCAAGAAAAUCGUGUGGGCAAGGUUGGAAGUUAGGUAUCAAAACAAAGAAUAAUGAUGUAAAACAUGAAGCAGAACUUUGUAUGCAAGAAAUAAGAGCCAUGUCUUAAAUA